UGGCCGCUGCCCAGUGAACGCUGCCGGUCCCUGGCGGGAGCUAGUCGCGUGAGCAGUUAGGCGGCCCGGGUCGGGUGUGGAAAAGUGGGCAGCGCGCGGCGGCUGAGCGAGGCAGACGGGCCCAGAGUGGUUGUGGUCCAUGAGCCGGUGCCGGGGGCAGCGAGGAACCGCAGACUCCCCUGUCCCUGGUGCUGUGCCGGCAGCCACGGGCUAAGGAGUCUCGAGGCUUCGGAGCUCAUCCCAAGCUUCCACUAUGAAUCCCGAGAAAGACUUCGCGCCGCUCACGCCCAACAUCGUGCGUGCCCUCAAUGACAAGCUGUACGAAAAGCGGAAGGUGGCUGCGCUGGAGAUUGAAAAGCUGGUGCGGGAGUUCGUGGCCCAGAACAACACCGUUCAAAUCAAGCAUGUGAUCCAGACCCUGUCUCAGGAGUUUGCCCUGUCCCAGCACCCUCACAGCCGGAAAGGGGGCCUCAUUGGCCUGGCUGCCUGCUCCAUCGCCCUGGGCAAGGACUCAGGGCUCUACCUGAAGGAGCUGAUCGAGCCUGUGCUGACGUGCUUUAACGACGCAGACAGCAGGCUGCGCUACUAUGCCUGCGAGGCUCUCUACAACAUCGUCAAGGUGGCCCGUGGCGCUGUGCUGCCCCACUUCAAUGUGCUCUUUGAUGGGCUGAGUAAGUUGGCUGCUGACCCAGACCCCAAUGUGAAAAGUGGAUCUGAGCUCCUAGACCGACUUUUGAAGGACAUUGUGACUGAGAGCAACAAGUUCGACCUGGUGGGCUUCAUCCCUUUGCUGCGGGAGAGGAUUUACUCAAACAACCAGUACGCCCGGCAGUUCAUCAUCUCCUGGAUCCUGGUUCUGGAGUCUGUGCCAGACAUUAACCUGCUUGAUUACCUGCCAGAGAUCCUGGAUGGACUCUUCCAGAUUCUGGGUGACAAUGGCAAGGAGAUUCGGAAAAUGUGUGAGGUGGUCCUUGGAGAAUUCUUGAAAGAAAUUAAGAAAAAUCCUUCCAGUGUUAAGUUUGCUGAGAUGGCCAACAUAUUGGUGAUCCACUGCCAGACCACAGAUGACCUCAUCCAGCUAACAGCCAUGUGCUGGAUGCGGGAGUUCAUCCAGCUGGCCGGCCGGGUAAUGCUGCCCUACUCCUCUGGGAUCCUGACUGCUGUCUUACCCUGCCUGGCCUACGAUGACCGCAAAAAAAGCAUUAAGGAGGUGGCCAAUGUGUGCAACCAGAGCCUGAUGAAGCUGGUCACUCCCGAGGACGAUGAGCCAGAUGAGCCGAAGUCAGCAGUACAAAGGCAGACAGAACCCAACCCUGAGGACUCCCUGGCAAAGCAGGAGGGGACAUCCAGUGGAGGUCCAGAUAGUUCCUGUGACUCCAGCUUCAGUAGCAGCAUCAGUGUCUUCCCUUCAGCCUGCACUGACAGGGCCCCAGUGACCCUGCACCUUGAUGGGAUUGUACAGGUUCUGAACUGCCACCUUAGUGACAUGGCCAUUGGGAUGAUGACCAGGAUUGCUGUUCUAAAGUGGCUCUACCAUCUCUACAUCAAGACCCCCCGCAAGAUGUUUCGACACACAGACAGCCUCUUCCCCAUCCUACUUCAGACGUUAUCGGAUGAGUCUGAUGAGGUCGUCCUGAAGGAUCUGGAGGUGUUGGCAGAAAUUGCUUCCUCCCCCGCAGGCCAGACAGAUGACCCAGGCCAACCCGAUGGCCCUGACCUCCAGAUCAACCACUCAGAGCUUCAGGUGCCCACCUCCGGCAAAACCAGCCUGCUAAAUACUCCCAGUACCAAAGGCUUAGAAUGUUCUCCUUCCACUCCCACCAUGAACUCCUACUUUUAUAAGUUCAUGAUCAACCUUCUCCAGAGGUUCAGCAGUGAACGGAAGCUCCUGGAGGUCAGAGGCCCUUUCAUCAUCAGGCAGCUCUGUCUCCUGUUGAACGCAGAAAACAUCUUCCACUCAAUGGCGGACAUCCUACUCCGGGAGGAGGAUCUCAAGUUUGCCUCUACCAUGGUGCACACCCUCAACACCAUCCUGCUCACCUCUACCGAACUCUUCCAGCUAAGAAAUCAGCUCAAGGACCUGAAGACUCUGGAGAGCCAGAACCUCUUCUGCUGCCUGUACCGCUCCUGGUGCCACAACCCAGUCACCACGGUGUCCCUCUGCUUCCUUACCCAGAACUACCGGCACGCCUAUGACCUCAUCCAGAAGUUUGGGGACCUGGAGGUCACAGUGGACUUCCUCACCGAGGUGGACAAACUGGUGCAGCUGAUUGAGUGUCCCAUCUUCACAUAUCUGCGCCUGCAGCUGCUGGACGUGAAGAACAACCCAUACCUGAUCAAGGCUCUAUACGGCCUGCUCAUGCUGCUGCCCCAGAGCAGUGCCUUCCAGUUGCUUUCUCAUCGGCUCCAGUGUGUGCCCAACCCUGAGCUGCUGCAGACCGAGAGCCCCCAUGUAUUGCAGACGCUGAUUCAGUCCUCCACUCCUCCUCAGAGACAGUCUGAAGGCAGCCCCCAAGUCCCAGAAAUGCGACUCGCCCAGCAUCGACUACGCAGAGCUACUGCAGCACUUUGAGAAGGUCCAAAACCAGCAUCUGGAAGUGAGGCACCAGCGGAGUGGGCGUGGGGACCACCUGGACCGGAGAGUUGUCCUCUGACACACCUGGCAUGGAGAAGAGCCCAACCAACCAGGGGCCCGUGAAGCACUCAGGGUCUUCAGGAUACCCUCCCAAGGAGCCUGAGGACCUGCCUCAGGAGCAGGGCUGGGCCUGACCACCAGCCCAAGGCAGGGAGUGGGUGAGGCUGCAGCACCCCAGCUCCUCUCAGUGCUGUCAGCUGCACGCUGGCUUCAGACAGCUGGCAUUCCACCAGGGUAGAGCCACAGCCUCAGAGACCACCCAUCCUCUGGAAUCCGUCUCGGAACUUCUAAUACCCCCUUGUGAAAAGAGCUUGACCUCAGCCCCGAGAGCUUUGGUCUCAUGUGCCUGUGUAUACAUACAUGAACGUGUGUGUACGUAUGCAUGUGCACACAGGGGUCAGCACAAAGGUCUCUACUGAAUGAUGUGCACCCUCCCCACUCCCGCCCCAAUAAAGAUAUGACAGAAACCUUAA